AGCAGGGAGAGAUCGGAAGUCCUUCGGCUGCACGGUUUGGAAGCUGAUCCACUAUGCUUCGUGUCACCACUGCCUCCCUGUGCACCCGCUGCCAGAGGAUGAGGCUCCUGGUUCUCAACUCUGCCUCUGCCUUCACCGUGACGUCUCCCAACAAAAAGCCUGAGAACCAGCUCACAGUGGACUCGCUCUAUGAACUGUCUGUGGACAUCCGAAAGGUACGCAAGUCCAAGGGCUGGGUUCUGUCCGAGAGCUCCGCGUACGUGUCUGAAACGGCUGACCUGUUGAGGGACAUGGGGGCGGACACGUCGGUGAUCGCCUGCAUCCUGGAAACUCACCCUGAAGCUGUCCUGUGUCGGCCGGAGGAAGUCGCCUCCCAGCGAGAGCUUUGGGUGUCCGUGUGCCCCAACAAGCGUGAACUAAUGAGCAUCAUUGAGAAGUUCCCGGCUUCUUUCUUCACAUUAACUCACCAUAGCAACCAGCGGGACAACAUCCUUUACCUCCAGAGUCUACGCCUCAGCAACAGGAUCAUCGGCAAGCUGAUGGCCAGCGCCCCGCAGAGCUUCGCUCGACCCGUGCAGCUGAACAAGGAGGUCAUCCACACUCUGAGGGAGACCUACCUGGACCUUGGGGGUGAUGAGGGCAACCUGCGCAUCUGGCUGCAGAAGCUCCUCAGCCAGAACCCGUUCAUCCUGCUGCGGCCUGCUGAAGCCUGGAGGGACAGUCUGGGCUUCCUGAGGGAGCAGGGCUUCACCACAGAGGAGCUCCUCAGCCUGGUCUCAAGCCUCAGAGCCUCCAUCGCAGAGCUGCAGCCUGAGGCCAUGCGGCAGGCGCUGGCCUACGUCGAGGGGGCUCUCGCCUGCUCCAAGGACGAACUCAAGCAAAUAGUGAUCCACUGUCCGGCCAUUUUGUACUACUCCUUGCCCACGCUGGUGGGGCGUUUCCAUGGACUGAUGGAUGUCGGCGUGAGCAUGGAGCAGGUGAAGGAAUCACCGAAUGUCCUGGAGCUCACCACGCAAAUCGUGCUCUAUCGCAUCCAGAAGCUGGCGUCCUACGGGUACGACGUGUGCUCUGGCAGCCUGGACGUUAUCGUGGGAACUAAGAAGGACUUUGAGAUGAGUUAUAGCAAGCUGCAUCUCCGGCAGCAGCGGCCGCUCUUCAACCCUGUAGCUCCACUCAGAUCUGCUGAGGACUGAAUGUUCGCCGAUAUGCUGCACGAUAUGAGGAAUGUGUGUUGAAUAUCGCGAUAGCAAUUUGACUUGCGAUGGAUAAAAAGAUGUCAACGUGUACGAGGUUCUGCUGCUUUCAGUUUAAAGCUAAAAGGAAAAAGAAUGAUUUUAAAGUGCAGUUUUCUACUGAUACUCUUUCAACUAACGCAUAAAGUCCCUGAGCACAAGUUAACAUUGAAACGAUAAUUUAAAAAGCUGCAAUAUGCUGUUACACAAGGAGGGUUUCUGGGGAAAGAAGAGGUGUUGUUGAAUGAUAUUUGAUGCCCUUUGGGAAAGGGUUCACAACUUUACCUUCGUGUAAGACACACGAAGAAGAGAGGCAGUUUGGAAUCAAAACCCAACCUCCAGCAAUACACCACUUUUAUUGAGAGCAACUUUAUUAUGAAACUAAUGUUUCAGCCUGUGGCCUUCAUCGUGCUUUCUUGCUGAGGGCUCCUGUGAAAAUAUGACUGUUUUGUAACUCGUACGACAAACGUUGAAAUAGUGAUGCAUGGAAAUGAGCCAUUCUUGUAAAUUACUGCUAUUAACUAAAUGAGUGGUAACACGAGGAGCAAUAAAUGUUUUCAUUGACAAUGUUCCACACAAUGAUUUCUCAUAUCAAAAAUAUAUUAGGAGUCUACAAGAAAACAAACAUACAAUAUUCAAAUAUAAGUUGUAUGUGAAAUUAGCAAAUUCAUUAUAUUAACGCAAAGAUAUGUACAGUGUAACAGCGCCGGGCCGUGCGGUCCACAUGAUCAUAUACAGAUGUUGUGUCCAUGCAACAGUCAA